AAGCCUUCUGUCUUAAGGCAACAUCAUGAAUAGAAUCCACCUAAUGCGCUGUAUAGAGCCUGCAUUCCCUCUUCGUCAAGUAGUAAGCUCUCCAACUUACUAACGGGAGGCGGAGAGGUGGUGGUGGUGGUGGUGGCGGUGACGAUGAUGACCAGGGAAGACGAUAGAGGAGAGGAGUGGGAGGCGGAGGAGAUCGACUACGUGUUCAAGAUCGUCGUGAUCGGCGACUCGGCGGUGGGGAAGACGCAGUUGCUCGGCCGCUUCACCAAGGACGAGUUCUUCCUCGACUCCAAGUCCACCAUCGGCGUCGAGUUCCAAACUCGAACCCUCGUCCUCAACCGCAAGCGCAUCAAGGCCCAAAUCUGGGACACCGCCGGCCAAGAGCGGUACCGGGCCAUCACCAGUGCUUACUACAGAGGAGCUCUUGGAGCAAUGUUAGUUUACGACAUCACGAAACGGCAGACGUUCGACCAUGUCGUGAGGUGGAUCGACGAACUGCGAGCAAAUGCUGACAACUCCAUCGUUGUCAUGCUGAUAGGCAACAAGUCUGACCUUGCCAAGAGCAGGGUCGUCUCGACUGAAGAUGCCAUGGAGUUUGCAGAGGAACAAGGACUCUUCUUCUCGGAAGCAUCAGCACUUAGCGGGGACAAUGUGGAGACUGCUUUCCUGAGGCUUCUGGAGGAGAUAUAUGGUGUGAUCUCGAGGAAGGCAUUGGAGUGUGAUGAAGCAACAAGGAAUGCUACGAAUGAUGUCUUGACCUUGAAAGGAACCACGUUAUCGGUUCUUUCGGAAGUGUCAAUGAUGGAAACUAGUGCUAUGAGAAAAGGGACACAGUGUGCUUGCUUGUGAUUCAUCCACUACUUGGCUUCUCAUGGCUUCUGUUUGCAAGGAUUCAUAUGGCAAGGUCGUGAGAAUAAAGUCAUGGUUAUGAUUUGUAAUCCAAGUGUUCGAUGAAAUGAAUGUACAAAUUUACCUCA